AUGUCAAAUCUUAUCAGAAUCAGGCAGAAUACUUUAUCAGGCUGUCCCUUUAAAGUGAGAAGCAUACCAUUAAGAGCUGAAGGUUGUCCUCUAAGAGCUAUUUUCCCAAGAACUUCAACUAUUAAUAAAUUCAAUUCAAAUAAUAUUAAUAAAUUUAAUUUUAAUAAGUUAGAAAAAUUUAAUAUUCACAAUGUUCAACCUUUAAUUGUGGACAAUUUGAAUUUAAAAUGUCCCGUAAGACAUUUUGAUCCAACACUAUCUAUUAAUAUCGACACAAAAUUAAAUCAAAACCCAAAUUAUUUAUUAAAAUUGAUUAAUAAAUCUAAAAUGUUAUCUAGUUUAAACAAAAUUCCCAAAUUCCAUUCUUAUUUUAUUAAAUUAUCUGAAGCAGGUGCUAUCUCUACAGUGACUUCAUUUUUAAUCUUACAUGAAAUAUCAGCUAUCAUACCUUUACUUCUAAUCUGGUAUAUCUUAUAUCAAUUUGAUUUCGAUCCAAAUCAUAUUGAAAAUAAUACUUAUAUGCCAGAUUUUGUGAAAAAUCUUUUAAUUACUUGUAAUAAUUCUAUGGAAAGAUUUAUUAAUAAGAAGUUUAAUAAUAAUAAUUCAACUAAUUUAGAUACAAAAAAAUUAAUAUUAACAGGAACAUUAUCUUAUACAAUUGUUAAAUUAUCUUAUCCAUUAAGAAUUUUGUUUUGUCUUUGGGCUUCCCCAUUUUGUGGGAAAUAUUUGUUAAUACCGUUUAAUAAAUUGAAAUCGAUGAAAACCAACAAUUAUUCUACUGCCGGGGUUUCUAGAUUAAUUAAAUCUAGUUGA